UCGUAGUGGGAGACUAGAAUCAAUUCACACUGUGGCAUUUUAUUCCCUUAUUUCAACAUACGAGACGUUAGCCACGGACACUAUGGCGACCCUGGAUCAGAAAUCACCAAACGUGCUUCUCCAGAGCCUCUGCUGCAGGAUCACGGGGAAAAGUGAAGCUGAAGUUGCCCACCAGUUCCAGUACGCAGUGCGGGUCAUCGGAAGUAACUACGCCCCCAGCAUCGAACGGGAUGAGUUCUUGGUGUCAGAGAAGAUCAAGAAAGAGUUGCUGAAGCAGCGGAGAGAAGCAGACGCUGCUCUAUUCUCAGAGCUACACAGAAAACUUCAAACACAGGGUGUUCUCAAGCAUCGCUGGUCUGUUCUCUACUUGCUGCUCAGCCUCUCUGAAGACCCCCGCAAACCAUCCAGCAGGGUUGGAAAUUAUGGAGCGCUGUUUGCCCAGGCCCUCCAGAGAGACGCCCACUCCACCCCGUUCUACUGCACCCGCCCACAGAGCCUGGCCCUGGGCUACGGGGAGAGGAGCGCGGCCCUGUCAGGCAGCGUGGGGACCAGCGGGAUCUCCAGUCUGGGAGUCUACACACUCAACGGCCCCACGCCGACUCCACAGUCACUGCUGGCUGGUCAACCACCUCAGUCUGCAGCUGCAGGCGCUCAGCCUGUGGGCUCUCGUCUGGCCUGGGCUCUUCCUGUAAGUUCUUCGCCUUCCUCUGCUCUGGCCCUGCCCGCCGCCCGGCUGCCCCUUGGACCUGCAGCUCCCUCCACCAGAGUGGUCCGUCCUCGCCGAGAUGGUGAUGCACCUGGGGAGGUGAGCGAGGCGUUGCUGGUGCGGGACAUCCUCUACGUCUUCCAGGGAAUCGAUGGCAAGUUCAUCAAGAUGAGCGCCCAAGAUAACUGCUACAAAAUAGACAGCAAGGUGGUGCUGUGCAAGUCCCUGAGGGACACGAGCAGCAGACUGGCCGAGCUCGGCUGGCUCCACAACAAAGUCAGAAAGUACACCGACGCCAGGAGCCUCGACCGAGCCUUUGGACUGGUUGGACAGAGCUUCUGUUCCUCACUCCACCAGGAGCUGAAGGAGUACUACAGACUCCUUUCUGUCCUACACUCCCAGUUGCAGGUAGAGGAUGAGCAGGGUGUGACUGUGUGCACAGAGAGCAGUUUGACUCUCAGAAGGCUGCUGGUGUGGAUGUAUGACCCCAAAGUCCGGCUCAAAACUCUGGCCGCCCUCGUCGACUACUGCCAAGGUCGGAAAGGAGGCGAGUUGGCUUCAGCUGUCCAUGCCUACGGGAGAACAGGAGACCCGCAGAUGAGAGCGCUGGUUCAACACAUCCUCAGUCUCGUGUCGCACCCCAUCCUCAACUUUCUCUAUCGGUGGAUCUAUGACGGAGAGCUAGAAGACACCUACCACGAGUUCUUCGUUGCUUCAGAUCCCAACGUGAAGACAGAUCGUCUGUGGCACGACAAGUACUCCCUCAGGAAGUCAAUGAUCCCCUCGUUCAUCACCAUGGACCAGGCCCGGAAGGUCCUGCUGAUUGGUAAAUCCAUCAACUUCCUGCAUCAGGUCUGUCAUGACAGGACGCCGCCGGGCAAAAUUACAGCGGCAUCCAAGUCUGCAGACACACCCAAAGAUGCUGCGGAACUGCUGUCGGACCUGGAGGGAGCGUUCCAGGAGAAGAUCGACGCUGCCUACUUUGACACUAGCAAGUACCUGCUGGACGUUCUCAACCGUAACUACCUGCUGCUGGAACACCUGCAGGCCAUGAGGAGAUACCUGCUGCUGGGCCAAGGAGACUUCAUCAGACACCUCAUGGACCUGCUCAAACCGGAGCUGGCACGACCUGCUACUACUUUGUACCAACACAACUUGACUGGUAUCUUAGAGACGGCGGUCAGAGCCACCAACGCCCAGUAUGACAAUGCAGAGAUCCUCAAGAGGCUGGAUGUACGCCUGCUGGAGGUGUCUCCAGGUGAUACAGGCUGGGAUGUUUUUAGUCUGGAUUAUCAUGUUGAUGGACCUAUUGCUACGGUGUUUACAAGGGAGUGUAUGGGCCACUACCUGCGUGUGUUUAACUUCCUGUGGAGAGCCAAGAGGAUGGAGUACACGCUGACUGACAUCUGGAAGGGACAGAUGUGUAAUGCCAAGCUGCUCAAAACCAUGCCUGAGUUGUCCGGCGUGCUGCAUCAGUGUCACAUCCUGGCCUCCGAGAUGGUCCACUUCAUCCACCAAAUGCAGUACUACAUCACCUUUGAGGUGCUGGAGUGCUCCUGGGACGAGCUGUGGAACAAGGUGCAGCAAGCUCAGGACCUGGACCACAUCAUUGCUGCCCAUGAUGUCUUCCUGGACAGCAUCAUCUCUAGAUGUCUGCUGGACAAUAACAGCAGGUCUCUUUUGAACCAGUUGAGGGCCAUAUUUGACCAGAUCAUCGAGUUUCAGAGCGCCCAGGACUCCCUCUACCGCUCUGCACUCGAGGAACUCGCCCUCCGACUGCAGUAUGAGGAGAAGAAGAAGCAGAGAGAGGAGGAGGGUCAGUGGGGAGUGACGGCCGAACAGGAAGCAGAGGAGAAGAGGAGGAUUCAGGACUUCCAGGAAACCAUACCAAAGAUGCGCUCCCAGCUCCGCAUCCUCACUCACUUCUACCAGAGCAUCGUCCAGCAGUUCCUGGUGUUGCUGAUGACCAGUACAGAUGAGAGUCUGCGUUUCCUCAGCUUCAGGCUGGACUUCAAUGAACACUACAGGUUUGACUUUCAAAACUCAGGCCAGAGAGCCGAGGCUGCGAGCCUCACUAGGCGCCACCAGAGGGCGACGAAUGUCAAAUAUCUGACCCAUCUAGAACAUUGACAACAAAUCCAGCCAUUGGAGCGUGGAGUAUGACAUCACCGUGGGAAGUUGUGACAUCACAGAGGCAGGACAACCAGUAGAAUUAAAGCGCUUCGUGUCGAGAUGACGUCGUGCCUCGGAGGAGCGAUCCAGGGCUGCACUGGACAAUCUGGUAUCGUAGCGGCAGCACCAGCGGCGGUUACAGAGUGAUAAAGGACAGAAAAGCUGCUGCCAGACUGAGCUCCCCCCUCCCCGAGUCACACAGGGCCACCUUUCAUGGCAUGCCUUAUUAAUGAGAAAAACAAAACCUUUUUUUCUCUGCGCGGUUGCCAAAUCUAGUCCCAACACACAUGUAUGUACAUAGAGUAUUAUGCAAAAAUGUAUGUAUGUGUAUAUAUGCAUCUUUACACGUCAGCACCUGUGGCUCUGCAUCAUCUCCUCUCUAGGGUUCGACCGAUAUGGGUCUGAUAGUGAUAUUUUUUCAAUUUUGUAUUUGUAGCAGUUAAUGAAAUUAUUAAAUCUGAUCGUUUUUGAUUACAGUUAUUCCAGAAGAGACUUUCAGAGUGUUUCUCCUGGAGUUUGGUUCUCGUUAAGGUGGGGAAAAAAGCAGCAUUAGGCUUUAAUAUUGUCUGGUUUAUCGGUCUAACCCUAGUUCUCAAAUCUCCUCCUUAAAUUUUCAGGGUUUUUUAAUGUGUCUGUUUAGCUCUUCAAUCGCAAUCAUACAGAGGAUUUUGAGUUAUGUGAAGACAAAUUGGGUCAUAGAGACAAAAAAAAUCCCCCUUGUUGCCUUCUUUGUUUACACCAUACAUUAUAUUAAAAUCAUUCUAAGUUAAUUGUUUUGCAAUGGUUUGUUGUUAGAUUUGAGAAAUAGUAAGUCUUCUGAGCUGCAAGAAGUCACCUUGACUGAGAACCGACGAUGUAAAGAAUGUUAUUAUUAUUAUUAUUCUUAUUGUUAAGUAUUUAAGUGUAGUUUCCCUGCUUAGUUCGCAGUAUGUGCUCUUAUGUCUGAAUGACACGGAUCAUGUUGAAGAAAAACAAUCCUCACAACAACCACAACAACCUCACUUCUUCUCAUCACAUCAACAAUAGGAGCUAUAAAUGUUCAAAUGGUUCAGUUCCUUUUAAAUAUUGUAAAUAAUUCUAAAUGAAAAGUCACAUUUGAAGAGUUUAAUGGUUAGAAAUGUUAACUGGGACAGUUUAUUUUCUGAAAGGGUUAUAUUCCAUCAUUAUAAAAGAAAGCAACAGUGUUUGUAGUGUUAUAGAGUGAAGCUUGCUCAGUGUGCGUAUCCUGAUGGAUUUGGGUCAGAGUAGUAGCAACAGUUCUGGAUGUCAUUAUAGUCUUCAUUGUUUUUAAAAGCUCAAACAGCAAACAUCUGUUCUUUGUCUUUUUAUCAAGUCCCAAAACUGUUUUGCACUUACCAUGAAUUAGAGUUCUUACUUAGACAUUUACAAUUGGCAAAUGAAUACAGAAUAAUUAUUUUGAAUGCAGUUAUGCCCCAACAGAAGUGAAAAUUUAACAUUUGCUCAAGCUCAAAAAUGGAUAAUCAAAAUCAACAAAUCGAAGUCUUAAUUGCUGGAUUUUUUUCCUCUGCAGUCUUGUUAGUAAGAAAUAAGAAGUAUGUUGUUUAUUGAAAGGUAUGGACUAACUGUUCAGAUUCACCAACUAUCCACUUGACUGGGUGCAGUGAUGCUCCAGGUUUUUUUGUCAGUGAAACACGUCACUCUGAUGGAGCCAUGUGAAAACUGAACCUGAGUCAGCACUCCUGCACUGUGGUUUCUGCUGUAUGUCUCCAUGUCUCUGUCUGUCCUUUCCUCUUUCCUUGUCUGUCCUGUCCUCUGCGUUGCAUAGCACAUAAUGUAUAGAAUAUAGGGAAACAAACCAUCCCGCUUCAUCUUUAAUAAAAUAAUGUUUUUUCA